AUGGCGGGCGACAGGGGCGAGCAGGGCGAGCAGGGCUCGACAAGCUCGAGGGGCGCGGCCGAGGCAGAGGCAGGGUUGAAGGACAAGGCCAUGCGAGAGGUCAAGAUUCUAAUGCUUCAUGGCUACACACAAUCGGGGCCUCUGUUUCGUGCCAAGACCCGCGCCCUGGAAAAGCUCCUCGCCAAAUCCCUUGCGCCUUCAAAACUCCAGCCAACCCUCUUCUACCCAACGGCCCCCUCCCGCCUCAGCCCCAAGGAUAUCCCCGGAUUCCAGCCCUCCGGCGGCGGGGCGCCCGGCGAUGGCGGCGGCGCCGACUCGCAGGAGAUGGACGCGUGGGCAUGGUUCCGCAAGGACGAGGCCAGCGGCAAUUACCGCCUGCUGAGGGAAGGGUUCGAGAGCCUCGCCCGCUGCAUCAGGGACGAGGCCGGCGGGCACGUGGACGGCGUGGUGGGGUUCAGCCAGGGCGGUGCGAUGGCCGCCAUGCUGGCCUCGGCCCUCGAGCACGUCGCCGCCGGCACGGGUGGGCAGAGGCAGCCGCCGCCGAGCGACGACACGUACGACUGGAGCUGGGUGCCCGCGCUGCGUGAGGCCAACGGCGGCACGGCGCUGCGCUUCGCGGUGGUGUACAGCGGGUUCUUCGCGCCGCCCCCCGCGCUGGCCUGGCUCUACGAGCCCAAGAUCAGGACGCCGACGCUUCAGUUCAUCGGGAGCCUGGACACGGUCGUCGAGGAGGGCCGGAGCCGCGGGCUCGAGGAACGGUCUGAGAAUCCAAUCAUGGUGGUCCACCCGGGCGGGCACUAUGUCCCGGUGAACAAGCAGUUCGUGAUGCCGCUGGUGGGGUUCAUUAAGCAGUGCUGCGAGGACAACGCAGAGACCUGA